AGAACAUAAAAUAAAAUAAAUGAAAAGUAUAAAAAGAGAAGAACAAUAGCAGCUCUUUCUACCUUUUUCGAAACGACGAGUUUAACGACUUGUCCGACACGCCUUUGAUCCUUCCUUGCUGUGCUACCUUCAAGCUUCAACUCUCGUGAAUUUCAGUCUCAGAAACAGAAAAAGUUUCGUUAAUCAAUUGAAGUUUCUAUCCACCGGCGGCGGUGGCAUUCGUUUCCGAAGAAGAAGAAGAAGAUGACGAUCGACUUGGAUUCGAUGGCUCCCAAAGUCGACGUUGAUAAUCGCCUUCCUCUCCGCUAUUACUAUCGAAUCGCCGAUAGUCUCCUCAAACAGGCACGUGUCUACCGGGAGGAGAAUAAUGUAGUCGAUUUGUACAUCAUGCUCCUUAGAUUUAUAAGUUUGGUUUCCGAGACGAUACCUUAUCAUCGAGACUACCAAGCUACACUUGCUAACGAACGAGCAGCAUAUAAGAAGAGAUCACGACUUGUAUUGGAUGAGCUUGAGUCCUUGAAGCCAGAAUUCAAACGCCGGUUGGACAAAUUGAAUGAAUCGCGUAUACAAGCUCCAUUGCCUGAAGAAAAUGGUUUCGAUAUGGCUUUGCAGAGUUCAGCGAAUUCAAGUUUGGAAUGGCCAGCUGUCAAUAAAAGAUAUAACUCAAGCAUGGAUUUCAAACAGUCUACUGGAUUGGGCUCACAAUCUUCAUGGAAACCCAAUAAUACGUUAUCUUAUAAUUCCAUGCCUAUUGACAAGCAGUUUCAGAAAUUAUCUCUGAAUGUACCCCUACCAAAUAAGGAGACCUUGUCAAGACACUCAUUUUUAGGACCAAAUGGUCUUCGGGGACAAUGGCUUGGACCUAGUGCAGAAAUAAAGGUUCAAUAUCCAAGCAGUAAUGAUCUUACACAUGCCAAAGAUUCAAGCACUGUAAAGUAUGACCUUGCUGGCAUUAAAGAUGGUGACCAAGGACCACUUACAUCCACAAUGGAUUCAAUUCUCUCCUUGGAUGAUGGAAGAUGGUUGCAUCCUACUGCUGAGUCUUGUUCUCCUGUUGUAACGGAACCAAGGGAGGACUUCUUACAGUCGCUCAACAUCAAGCAACCUUUGCCUCCUCCUGUUCUUGCACAGGUUCACCCGGAACGUGCCUGUAUUCCUCAUUCCAAAGUUGCAGAUCCAAGGCCAGGACCAGCAAAAUCUUCUCAUGAUUCUGGACAUGGUCCCACUACAUUUCAACACCUACACAUCCCUGUAAAAAUGAUGGAAGAUUUUCUGAGAUUAGCUUCAGUAAACACGCGAAAGAAUUUAGAGACUUGUGGUGUUCUUGCAGGGUCUCUGAAAAACAGGGUUUUCCAGAUAACAACACUCAUAAUCCCAAAGCAGGAAUCAACUUCGGACUCGUGUCAAACGUUGAAUGAAGAAGAAAUAUUUGAAGUUCAAGACAGCUUGUCACUUUUUUCUUUAGGUUGGAUACAUACACACCCGUCUCAGACUUGUUUCAUGUCAUCCGUGGAUCUACACACGCAUUACUCAUAUCAGAUAAUGUUACCAGAGGCAAUUGCAAUAGUCAUGGCUCCUACAGAUACAGAGAGUCCACAUGGCAUAUUUCACCUGUCUGAUCCAGGCGGUGUCUCUGUAAUUCGUAACUGUCAAGAACGUGGAUUUCAUCCCCAUGAAGAGCCUUCAGAUGGAAGUCCAAUAUAUGAGCACUGCUCUCAUGUCUAUAUGAAUGCUAACAUGAAGUUUGAUGUUCUUGACCUUCGCGAGAGAUGAUUGAUUGAGCACUCUAAAGAAUUUCACUUCACAAACUACAAGUACAGAGACAGGGAUCUGCCUCAUUUUCUACCUGACGCUAUACUGAUAAUUGCAUCAGUGUAUGUGGAUUCUUCUGUAUUUAUAAAUUCUGAGAGAAUACUGAUCACGAGUCCCAUGAUUUUGUACUAUACUAGCGAAACCGUGAAAAGAUAGUUGUGUAAAUUUAGCAAUAUUUAAAACACUAAAGAAUGAGUUGCUUAACAAAAUAACUUAAAUGUGAUAUAGGACACUUAGGUUUGUACAGAAAAUCACACCAUGAAUGUGAUAUAGGGUUUGGGGCUGAUUACGUGCUGCUGUUGGUUUGCUAUUUAGAAUAUUUUUAGACUUUCUGCAAGUCAAAGUAGAGGAGGGGGAUGAACCUUAUUUUGAUUUCUAUGUAAAUGAAUUGUCUUAAUUCAAGUUUGUCCUUUCAAUUGCUUUUGUGA